GGAUCACGUUUGUUUCUACAGCGGCCAAUUUUUGCAGGCAAUAACAAAGUGAAUCCGCCAAAGAAAUACGGUUGAAGGAGAAACGGGUUUAACUAAUAAACAAGGAUAUAGCUAGCCAAGUCAAUUAAAUCAAUAGAUACACAUUUCGGCAAUAUCUUGACAGAUUGCGGCAACGUUUUCGGUUGAUAACAGAUAACGUUAGGUAGCCAGGACAGCGAUCUUGCUAUGUUGUUAACUUUCUAGCUAGGUUACAGUUGUGUUAUAUUUGGCGAUACAUCUUAAAUUGAAAUCUAUUAAUAACCGGUUAGUUAGACGAUGACACUCCUGAUACAGCCAUAACAUCUGAACUGUUUUUUUUUGUUUUAAACUAGGGAGGGGCCGUGGCUUGCUACUACUAGCUAGCUAGCUAACCAAGUCAGCAGAAAAUAACCUGUUUCCAGUUAUUUCAGAGGCUAACUGUUAGCCUAGUGUCAGUAGAUAGGUUUUCUAUUUGAACAGAGUAGGUCGGGCAUACACCAUUUCUGUAAAAAAUGUCAAAAUACACAAGUUUUUCGGAACCAGGCGACGCCCACAACCCAUUCCAGGACCCUGCAGUGACCCAACACAGCAGCAACACUGAGUAUGCCACACUGGAUCUUUACAACCCAUUUGACAAUAAAAAUGGGCCCCCACCACCAGCCUAUGCAGCCACCUCCCCAUCCGCCCCCCAACCCGUUGUUCCUGCAACAACCCCACCCAGCAGGACUACGCCUACAGAGCCCCGCAACUAUGGCACCUCCUUCACCCCCCAGCAGACAGCUGUCAACGCCACCACAGCAGAACUCCUGAAGAAGCAGGAAGAGCUGGAGAAGAAAGCCCGUGAGCUGGAGAGGAGGGAGAGGGAGCUGAAUUCAUACGCCCUUGGCCCUGGAGCCACUCGUCAGAAUAACUGGCCUCCCCUGCCCACUUUCUGCCCUGUGGGACCCUGCUUCUACCAAGACAUCAACAUGGAGAUCAGCCAGAGCUUCCAACGCACUGUCUCUAUCAUGUAUUACUACUGGAUGUUCACUGCCUGCACACUGGCAUUUAACUUAAUUUCCUGCCUGAGUCUGUUCUGUGUGGACACUUCUGGUGGUGUUGGGCUGGGCCUCGCCAUCCUCUGGGUCCUCCUCUUCACCCCCUGCUCCUUCGUCUGUUGGUACAGGCCUGUGUACAAAGCCUUCAGGAGUGACAGCUCCUUCAACUUCUUCGCCUUCUUCUUCAUUUUUUUCAUCCAAGUGAUUGUCUAUGUCAUCAUGACCAUUGGCAUUCCUGGAUGGGGUUUCAGCGGCUGGAUAGUGAGUCUGGCUGCUCUGAAGACUAGCGUGCCUGUUGGUGUGAUCAUGAUGCUCAAUGCCAUCCUAUUCACUGCCCAGGCUGCCAUGGGGGUUGUCAUGCUCAAGAGGGUCCACUCUCUGUACAGGCAGACCGGUGCCAGCUUCGUGAAGGCUCAGGCUGAGUUUGCAACUGGAGUGAUGUCCAAUCAGGCUGUACGCCAGGCAGCUGCCAACGCCACUGCGUCUGCUGCCCAGGGGGCUUUUACUGGGGUGGCUCGAUAGAGGGAAGGCAGGCAAGUAGAGCAAGGGAGCUCGUAGGGAGAGAGGGGUAGGUACAGUUGAAGUCGGAAGUUUACAUACACCUUAGCCAAAUACAUUUAAACUCAGUUUUUCACAAUUCCUGACAUUUAAUCCU